AAUGGAGCAGUUCCUCAAAUGUGUUGCGCAAUCUGUUGUGCAUCAUCAAAAACAUGAGCUGGCAGUUAAAUGACACAUAAGCAUUCUUGUUAUGUAAAAUCCAUCUCCCUGUCAUGUUUCCUGCCAAUCCUGGUUAGUUAAAUAUAUAACUUUACCAUAUCUUAUACAUUACACCUACCCUUUUUUUUUAUGUCAGGGCCCUUGAGUGGACACAAUCACAACGACCAACAGAACCCUUCACACAUCUGUGUAAAGCUGAAUGGGAGCUGAGACAGAAGAUCAGAAAAUUCAAACUUCUUUAUUUUUUAUAUAUGUAUAUAUCUGUGAAUCAGUGCAUUUCUUAUCAUAUACUGGGGACACGUGUUGAUCCCCUCGUGGGACCCGGAACUCCCCCGGACUCACAACCGAACCGGGUCGUGUGGUUUUCUCCCUCGGCAUGGCCAAGUUGAAAUAACGGAAAAGAAUUGCACAUGCGCAUUUUGGUUCGAGCGCCGUCGGAGGCGCCAUUGCUUCACAGGGGCUGUAGUUCAAGUUUUCCUCCGCGCACAUGGAAAGUCAGUAAUGCGGAGAUAACAAAAAGACUUCAAGCCCCAGCAACGGUCCGCUGCUCCUUUUUUUCUUUUCUUUCUCCCACCUCGUCGAGCAGGGGGAGUAGUCACAGCUGGAAGGAUAAUAAGAUGCGCAUGAAUUUACAAUCUGGAAAAUAAAAGAUAAGAGACCAUAAAUGGACGGCUCGCGCGUUCUCCGCGCGCCCGUGCGUCAAAGUCAAGUUGGUAUACAUUGUGUGCAGUUCACGACGCUGCGCUCUCGCGUGUUACGUCUAUAAAGAAAAAGAGAGCAGAGGAAUAAAAGUUCAGGCUCCGCUCUCCCCCAGUUGAUGGAGUUUAAAAGUUUCGUCGGUCCACUCACAAUGGAGAGGAAAGCGCCCUUCAGCGACUGUGAAGGUUUCCUGUGGUCAGAGUGGAUCACUGACUUCAGUAAGGAGAGGGAACACCACUUCAGGGUAUGAGGUGAUUUUACCAGCACAAGCCUGAGGAUUUGUUCCGAGACUGUUUCUCCGUCACCUUCCCACUUUAUUCAUGAGUGUGUGUUGUGUGAGCUCAGGUGGGCGCAAAGGUCACCACCCUCUUAACUUCCAAACCCCCCCCAAAAAAAUGAUGUCGCUUUCAUAAAAAAAAACAACUGCACAGUGCCGAGUCACUGCGACUGAUGAGGACCAAAGAUUCCCCCCUGGCAAGAGUCUGUCCCCUCCGUGAAUUCUCCACCAUUCAGCGCCUCACGUUGCCAUUGGAACAAACCCGAUGUCUGCCUCCUCUCCCCCGUCCUUACCCCGAGCCUUCCUCCACUUGCUCGAACCGCACCACCCGCCCUCGUUGCCGAGCCUGCCUGGACCGCUCUACACGCGGCUGUCCAACGGCAGUCACAGCGCGCCCAGCCCCACCAACUCCCGCGGCUCCUUCCAGGGGGUGUCCUUCCUGCUGCAGAUCGGACUGACCCGAGAGACGGUGAACCUGGAGGCCAGUGACCUGUCGCUGUCUGCUGUGAAGGACCUGGUGUGCUCCAUAGUGGACCAGAAGUUCCCAGAGUGUGGCUUCUUCGGCAUGUACGACAAGAUCCUGCUGUUCCGCCACGACUUAAACGACGACAACAUCCUGCAGAGGCUGACCUCGGCAGAAGACAUCCACGAAGGAGACCUCAUUGAGGUGGUGCUCUCCGCUCAAGCAACAGUUGAAGACUUCCAGAUCCGACCCCAUGCCCUUUUUGUCCACUCCUACAAGGCCCCCACCUUCUGCGAUUACUGUGGGGAGAUGCUGUGGGGCCUGGUGCGGCAGGGGCUCAAAUGUGAAGGAUGUGGGCUAAACUACCACAAGCGCUGUGCCUUUAAGAUCCCAAAUAACUGUACCGGUGUCAGGAAGAGGCGACUGUCCAAUGUCUCACUGCCUGCACCGUCCCUCUCUGUCCCCCGACCGGUACCUGCCGAGAAUGCCGUGGUUGUCCUUGAUGAGCAGAGGUCCCACCAGGAGGCGGGGAAGCGGAUCCUGUCCUGGAGCGGCAGACCCAUCUGGAUGGAGAAGAUGGUGCUGGGACGGGUCAAGGUGCCGCACACCUUCGCCAUUCACACCUACACUCGGCCCACGAUCUGUCAGUACUGCAAGCGUCUGCUCAAGGGUCUCUUUCGCCAGGGCAUGCAGUGUAAAGAUUGCAGAUUCAACUGCCAUAAGCGAUGUGCUUCGAAGGUACCGAGAGACUGCCUAGGGGAGGUGGACUUCAAUGGAGAGCCAGCCAGCCCGGGCCCAGAUUCAGACAGUACCAUGGACACCAUGGAGGUGGACAGUAGUGAUAUGGAUGGCGGCAGAGGACUGGACGACCCAGAGGAACCCUCGACACCCGACGAGAGGAUGUUUGACAUGGACUCGCCCUUUUUGGAUAGGGAGAAGGAUGAGGAGCCCAUCAAGACCAUUAGUCCUUCCACUAGCAGCAACAUCCCUCUAAUGCGGGUGGUCCAGUCCAUCAAACACACCAAGAGGCGGAGCUCCACUGUAGUGAAGGAGGGCUGGAUGGUACAUUAUACCAGCAGGGACAACCUGAGGAAGAGACAUUACUGGAGGCUGGACAGCAAGAGUCUGAGUCUCUUCCAGAACGACACCGGAGCCAAGUUCUACAAAGAAAUCCCUCUGUCCGAGAUCCUCCAGGUGGAGCAGUCCAGAGACUACAGUAAUCUGCCCCAGGGCAGCAACCCUCACUGCUUCGAGGUCAUCACGGCAACAAUGGUCUACUAUGUGGGCGAGAACAACGGCAGUCACUACCACAGCCCCGCUCUGGCUGCCUCGGGAGUCGGCAUGGAGGUGGCCCAGGGCUGGGAGAAGGCCAUCAGACAGGCCCUGAUGCCCGUCACCCCCCAGGCCAGUGUGGCCAGUGCUGCCGGCCAGGGCAAAGAUCACAAAGAAUUGUCCAUCAGCAUAUCUGUGUCCAACUGCCAGAUCCAGGAGAAUGUGGACAUCGCCUCGGUGUACCAAAUAUUUUCCGAUGAGGUGCUGGGGUCAGGCCAGUUCGGCAUCGUGUACGGAGGCAAACACAGAAAGAGCGGCAGAGAUGUGGCCAUCAAAGUCAUUGACAAGAUGAGAUUUCCCACCAAGCAGGAGAGCCAGCUAAGGAACGAGGUGGCCAUAUUACAGAAUCUGCACCACCCGGGUAUCGUCAACCUGGAGUGCAUGUUCGAGACGCCAGAGCGGGUCUUUGUUGUCAUGGAGAAGCUGCAUGGCGACAUGCUGGAGAUGAUCCUGUCCAGCGAGAAGAGCAAACUGCCUGAGAGAGUCACCAAGUUCCUAGUCACACAGAUCCUGGUGGCCUUGAGACAUCUGCACUUCAAAAACAUUGUUCACUGUGACUUGAAGCCGGAAAAUGUGCUCCUGGCCUCUGCAGAGCCCUUUCCUCAGGUGAAGCUGUGUGACUUUGGCUUCGCCCGCAUCAUUGGCGAGAAGUCCUUCCGGCGCUCUGUGGUGGGCACCCCGGCCUACCUGGCUCCAGAGGUGCUGCGCAGUAAGGGCUACAACCGCUCCUUAGACAUGUGGUCCGUGGGGGUCAUCGUGUACGUCAGCCUGAGCGGGACGUUCCCCUUCAACGAGGACGAGGACAUUAAUGAUCAGAUCCAGAAUGCUGCCUUCAUGUACCCACCCGCGCCCUGGAAAGACAUCUCCACGGAGGCCACAGAUCUGAUCAACAAUCUUCUCCAAGUCAAGAUGAGGAAGAGGUACAGCGUGGACAAGUGUCUCAGCCAUCCCUGGUUACAGGACUAUCAGACGUGGCUGGACCUCAGGGAGUUUGAGACGCGGCGGGGCGAGCGCUACAUCACCCACGAGAGCGACGACGCGCGCUGGGAGGAGUACGCGGACGAGCACAGUCUCGUUUACCCCAAGCACUUCAUCAUGGCUCCCAACCUGGACGACAUGGAAGAGGACCCCUAGUGGCACGAGGCUUGCUCCACAGCAUGUGUUGAGGACAAGGAUUGUCACAGGGACUUGUUUGCAUGAAGCUAUUGGAAUCGCCGGAUUUCCCCUCCCGGACUGUUUGUUGUGGAAACGGAGAGAGACAGAGAGAGAGAGAGAGAAGCCGAUCGGAUGGAGAAUUACGCUCCAGAGGCUUUAAAAGUGGGGAAAACCCCCCAAAAUCGCAGCUUGAUGCACUGCUGCAAGCAGCGGGCAGGCGGAGACGCCACAGAAAAACAGUAAAAAGAAGAAAAAAAAACUGUCAAGAGAGAAGGGUGUUCUCUCCUCCUUUUUGCACAACACCAAAUCAUUCCAUGGAUUUUCUCAAGAACAGUCACGACGCCAAAAAACGCGAGGUUGAACCGAAAGUCAGUACGUUUAGUUAACGUGCGUACAAUCGAGAUGAGCUCAGACAGAGAGAGAGAGAGAGAGAGAUCUUACCCCAGGAGUAAAGGGCACUUUCCACAAGGGAUCUACAGCCUGAUAAUGGAACACACUUGAGUUUGUCCUCUGUUUAUGAGACUGUCCUUUAGCAUGAAACUGGAACUGUCACAUGUAUUUGUAUGUUUUUUUUUAAUGUAUUCAGUAAUAAUGGUAGGUUUUUGCACUAUAUUACCACUGAACAUAGCGAAUGAAUAGAAACACUAUUCGCUGCUACAGAGAAGCAAACUGCCUUCGAGGUGCGGAGGGUUAAACAGUGACGCUCAGUGGAGAGUCGAUGCCGCUCCACACCUCAUCGGCCUCUGCGUAAAUCCUGAAUAGGUAUUUUCAACCAACAUUAGAGUCAGAUCUAAUUGGUUGCAGCUAAUAGUGCGUUAAGUUUGAUCAACUUUCGCCCCGGAGAAAGUGACAAACUGACCGUGGCAAAUCACGUCGACAGAAAAACUAUUCAUUUCAAUGUCUCCGAACUAUUUAUCUUAAUUAAUAUUGUCGAUUGCUCGUGUGUUACAAGACCACGGACCUGAAACCUUCAGUAAAUGCAAUAAUGGAGCCAAACGCCUCCGCUCAACACGAGGUGAAAAAAUCUACAAUGGACUGUUUGUUUGUUGUUUUCUGAAUGUGACUCUAAAUCCCGGUGCGUUCAGGAAGUAUUCAGACGCCUUCGCCUCGCUCCACACUUUGUUAUGUUGCAGCUUUACGCUAAAAUUAUUUACAUUCAUGUCCCCCCAUUCAUGUUAGAAAUGUUUAUAUUUUUUAUACAAUUGGGGGAAAAAGUGAAGGUCUUUGAAUACUUUCUGAAUGUACUGUAUGUGUCUUCGAUGCUCUUUGUCCGAAAUGUUGCAUCGAUUCGCCGCAGACAGUUUUUACGUGGAACAAAGUAUCGGUGUCCAUUUUUUCUUGUUUAUUAAUGUUGCCGGGACCAUUUUGACAGUAGACACGGUAGAAACUGAGUGUGAUUACAGUUCGGUUCACAUGGGAGUUUAAAGUGCAACUGUUCUAUAGUUUGCUUUAUUGGUUGGUGUUUUUGGGAGCGCACUCCUGUUUCCUGGUGUCCACUUCCUGUCUUCGUUGCCGCUGGAUUGGCAGGUGUCAGUGUUUUGUGUAUUUCAGUUCAUACCGAUGGAAUUAAAAAAACAACAACAACUUCUUAA